CCAGGCGAGAGGUAACUUAGAAAGCAGAGGCCAACUGAACCACUAUGCGUCGAAAUCUAUCUUCCUUCUUGGGGGCAUUUUUAUGCUGUAUUGGAUUGGUUCACGUGUAUGGUCGAGUCACAGUACGUACCGAAAAGGAAAAGAGCUGCAGAUUUCCUUUUGUUUAUGAGGGUAACAUCCUCUUCGACUGUGCUUAUGGAGCGGGCGGUAAAGCCUGGUGUGCACUGACGGCCAACUACGCGAAGGAUGGACAAUGGGGCUACUGUGAUGCAACAAGGUCUCCCCGGAUUAAGAGUUACGGAGGCAACGCUGGUAGCGCUGAAUGUGUCUUCCCAUUCGUGGUUAGUGGAGUGGAGUAUAAGUACUGCACAAGGAAAGACGCAUCAGUCCCUUGGUGUGCCACAACCAAGGACUACUCUACGGACAAGAAAUGGGGCUACUGUAAUGGAUACCUCCCUGAGAAUCAGUUCAAACCCUUUAGCUCUAACCAUGUGGGGCUCUUGAGUUUCGGCGACACAAAUGCUUUGAGCGCCACUACAAGGCAGGCUAUAGUUGAUGAACACAACUCAUUAAGAAAUGGUGUGACGCCAACGGCUACGAACAUGAUGAAAAUGGUUUAUAGCGAGGCAUUGGAACAGCUUGCAAGGAAGUGGGUGAACAAGUGCGAAGAUGGACAUCCAGACAUCAAUAAUCUCCCAGGAAUGGCUUCAGCAGGCCAGAACGCUUUUGCGAGUGGUGGGCCUACUACGUGGAAAAAUGCAAUCAAUGCAUGGUACAACGAGGUCAAAGAUUUCACUUACGGCCAAUCAUCAACUUCUGUGACCGGUCAUUAUACCCAGGUUGUCUGGGCUCGGUCUACAACUGUUGGUUGUGCCAUGAAAAUCUGCUCUGAUGGUCUCCCGCGCCCGCGCCAUCGUUACGUGUGUAAUUAUGGCCCAAGUGGUAACCUUCAUCCUGCCUUCAAGCCUUAUGAGACAGGAUCAACUGGUUCAUCAUGCAAAGUUAGAGACAGCAAAUAUAGCAAUCUUUGCCUUUGUGAGAUCCAUGGCUGUUUGAACGGAGCCAGUAUUGAUCCCAAGACGUGCACGUGUCCUUGCAAUACUGGACAAGUAGGCCCACGAUGCGCAAUUGAUUGCGACACAGCUGUAGAUCCAUGGUACUGUCCGACAACGUAUAAGGGAGGAUGUACGAUCUAUUCCAACGUACCCUUCGCGUGCCCACAGAUGUGUGGGAUAUGCCCGAGUUAAUAAGGAUAUUGUUCAUUAAAAAGAAUUCUAAGAUGUCGUGACUAAAGUAGACGUUAGUCUAGGAUUGGUGAAGGAAAAAAUGAAUAUGACUA